GAUUGUUGCGAUAGAAGUAUUUACUAAAAUAAUACAAGAUAAUUAUUAUAAAAAUAAAUAUGUAAGUUAGAGUAUUUUAAAACCAUGUUAAAACGAUCUUUAAAAUGUAUAAUUCUUAAUAAGUUAUUUUCUUGCCUUGUAUUUUGUAUUUUUUUACAAAGAAUUCCAUCAACUUUCACGGAAAAUGUCAGUGAAGACUUUGAUAUUGAACCUGAACCAGUUGAAAAAGUUGAUAUAUCUCCAUAUAUUUAUCCCUUGAUAUCAUUUUUAAAUUUAUCAGGCAUUGAUGUUGCUCCAAAAAAAACAGGAAGAGAUCUUAAUUCCAAACUUACAUCUUCUAUAGAAACUAAGAAUUUAACAGAAAGAUUUGAAGAGGUAAUAACAGAAUCUUUCAAUAAAUAUAAAGAAAAAGAUUCUAAUUUAAGCCAAGAAAUAGAAAAAUCAUUAGGUCAAAUUCAACCAAGAUCCGAAAUUUUAAAAGACGAUGAAGAAAAGAAUGGGAAUUUUCUUAUGAAAUUACUUUUCAAUUUUUAUAUCAAACCUAUUUUAACUUUCUAUAAACCUCUUUUGAAUGAAGAGGUGAAAUAUUAUAAAAAUUUAAUCAACGUGAAUAAACAGUUCUCAAAUGAUACAGGCAUUCUAUCGAGUAUUCUGAAUGAUGCUAUAAUAAAUAACAAUAAUCAUACAAAUGAAGAUUCUAAAAUGACCAUAAUAAUUAAUGAUUCAGAAUUAAAAGACGCAAAUCUUUCAUUGAGAACAGUUACAAAUUCUACUGACUUUGAUACAGAAAAUGAUUCAGUGUUCCAAAUGAUUCCUAGGUGGGAAGAAAUAUUUCAGCUUACUAUGAAUGAUGAAACAAAGGCAUCAACUCCAUCAAACGUAGAAAUAACUACCGAUAGGAAUGCAGAUAAUCUUUUAAAAGCAGAAAUAUUUUUUAAGCCAGUAGAAAUACCAACAUCAACAGAGCUACCCAAGUUAAGUUUCACCAACAAUACAUCUAUAUUAGCAUUGUUCAGACCUGGAGAAAUACCCAGAAUUAAUAUUAAAAAAGAUCCUAAUCCAGCGGUAUCAUUCAAAAUCAAAUUUCCAUUAAUUAUAAAUAAUACUAAUGAGAAAAAUAAUUCAUAUAAUGACCAUAACGGAGCAUACAUUUUCGAUACAGCUAUUGAAAUUCCGGCAUCGGAUAAUUCGGAUUCUCUAACUCAAGAAGUUUAUAAUCCUAUGAUGAGCACUUCUGACUUACAAGUGUCCAAUGAAACUUCAAGAAUAUUUCAAAAUUCAAAUGAAUCUGAUGCUGUCCGAACAAGAAUCUUAUAUAGUGCUGAAGGUUCAAUGAUUCCAGGAAUGCUUGAAAUAACAACUACAACAACAGCGUUGCCGCCAUUAUCUCUUAAAACUGCACCCCGAGAUCUUUAUAAAUCUAGAAUGCAACCAACAUUUAGUUCUCGAUAUUCAGCGAAUUCAACAACUAAUAAAUCAGUUAUUGAACCAUCAACGACAGGAAAUGGAACAGAAAAUAUUUCAACGACUGAUGAAUCAUUAAUGAAUAAAUCAAUCAAUAGCACACUGGUGCCUGAUGACCAACAGGUUGAGAAUGCAACGAAAUCGAAUUUUUUUGCUGAAGAAUCGUUAACGAAUUCAACAGUUGUUUCUACAAGUGAAGAAAUGACUUUAGCUUCUUCAAGUGAAAUACAUAAUGAUACUAAGACAAAAAGUAGAAUAAGAGAUUUAAGAAAAAGAGAGCUACCAAUCAGUGAUCAAUAUGAUGUAAAUGAUCGUCAAGAGCUAGCUUCAUACUUUUAUAAUGGUAAGAAAAUUCAUGAGAGUUAUUUGAAUUAUGCUAAUUCUAUUGAUCAUGAGCUUCCUCAAGAUUUCGUUCAACAUCAAGAUAAACUGAGCGAAAGAACGGAUUUGAGUUCUCUUGGAAAUGAAGUAAUAUACCAGAAAAAUCAGGAAAAUUCCCAAAUUGUAGAAUCUGGCUAUAAUCUUCAGCAACAACCUACUCUAAAUUUUGACUAUUCAUUUACAAAUUCUAAAUUAAAGAAUAAUGUUGAGAAAGAAGUGUCUCCACCAGAAAAAGAAACAUCUACUGUGGUAUCAGUUAAAAGUAACAGUAAUGUAAUGAAUCGAAAAAAUAAGAAGAAUCAGAAAAAUGUUUUGAAUCGAAAAAAAGUCAAUUCGAAAAGAAAAAAUAACAGAAAUAGUAAAAUAAAGAAAAAAAAUAGUAGAUUAACCAAAGGAAAAGUGUAUAGGAAUUCAGAAACGGGAAAGAACAAAAUAGCAAAAACAUAUUCAAGUUAUAAAAAUAUAAAAGCUCGAAAUAAUACUAAGAAAAAGACUCGGAAUAAUAAGAUAAUAAAAAAUAAAACAAAAAUGUCUAAUCAAGUUCGGAGUAAAAAGAGAAACACACACAAAAAAAAUGAUAAUACUAGAAUUAGGGAUUUAUAUUGAGUUUAUCAAUUAUUCUUUGUAAUUUACAGUAAUUAAUUAAUAAAAUAUUUA